AAAUAAUCAAAAAUCAUUUCAAAAAUCAUUUUCUGGAGCUGCUUUUCCAUAUUUUCAGCUAUUUUUUGGGCACUUACAGUCAGAGUUGGGCUUCUUAACUUCGUUGCUGGUGCAGAACGGAUCGAGUUGCAAUGAAUUUGAAUCACACGACGAACGGCACUCCGGUGCAAUCGGACGCCGCUGACAAGCUAGAAAAGCAUCUCAAGCUGCUGAAGGAGGAAUACACGAAACUCCAAAAGGGAUAUGCCGAGUUGGAGCGAAAGUACAGCAAAGCUGUUGCGUCGUCCGAGGAAAAGGACUUGAGUGAAUUCAGUAGUUUUGUGUCGCGCUUAGUGAUGACUGUGGCAACGCUCUAUGGACGCAGCACAUAUUCGGAUAUCACGAUAAAGUUGAAGGACAAAUCAAUUCCGGCACAUAAAUUCGUGUUGAAUGCUCGUUCCGAGGAGUGGCGAGAGGAAGUUAUCAUUGAUUUGCCGGAACUUGACUGGUCAGAUCUCGACACUGACGUCGGUUAUGCCCUCCUACGCUGGAUUUACACAGACGUCAUCGACUUGCAACAAGAUUCCCUUGCACUUGGCUUGAUAAAAGUCUCGCAUCGCUUCAAGCUGCCGGGCUUAAUGGGCUUAUGUGAACGAGCUCUCGUCUCUUCCGUGAAUGUGAGGACUUGUGUUCGCUUUUACUGCGUCGCCGAGGAUGUUGGAGCCUUCAAUUUGCAAGAAUAUUGUUCGGGACUCAUUUCAACGCACUGGGACGACCUCACGCCGCAAGAUUUUGAGCACAUGUCUGGUCCAUUGCUCUAUAAAAUGCUAAAAAGCAAGACGAAAUAUCCGUUGCAUGCCGCUGUGAGACUCCUGCGAGAGGAUGUCGUCUUCUUGUGUCUCGUGGAGAACGACAAAUCGCUCCAUGAGAUUGUCAACAGCUUAUCACCUCAGGGCCAACUUCCGCUCCAGCUAGCACUCAUCGGUCGAAGUUCCGCCAUCGCUCAAACGCUCGUUCAAACGGGAAGUGCUGAUAUCAAUGCUUUCACUGGCGACGGUGCCCCUUUGCUUGUUGAUGCCGUUAAACGCAGCGAUGGAUUUUCCGCAAAAUUUCUGCUCGAGAAAAAUUGCAACGUAAAUUUGGCUACUCGCAACAGUCAUGAUACGGCUUUGCAUUUGGUGUGCACCUAUUCCGACAAAACUUGCGAUUUUGAAACUUACGAGUCGAUGUUAGAAGUGGGAAAGGAGUUGCUGGAAAAGGGAGCUGAUCCUAAUUUGCAGAAUGUUAAGGGAUAUACUCCACUCCAUUUGGCAAUCACUUCGACGCAUCAAGCGAUGAUCGAUACCUUGCUGGAAAAUGCCUCACUUGACUUGAAUUUACGGACACAAGACGAAAAGUGUGCCUUAUUGUUCGCCCUGACGCCGCCCCAAACGGAUGGUCCCCCAUUCGAGCUCGCCUCAAAGUUGAUUGAAAAAGGCGCACGUCCCAAUACCGUCAUGAGUGAAUCGGGCGACAGUUUAUUGCAAACGCUAACGAAAGCAGGACUCGAGGAUGCAGCGAUUUUCUUGACAAAACAUUCGAAUUUAAAUCACAUCAAUCGCAGUGGGCUGACAGCUUUACAUUUGGCAGCGCAAAAAGGUCUCCCGGGACUCGUGCGAGAGAUUUUAGAAAAUGGUGCUUCGCCAAAUUUACAAUCGAGCGUCACCGAGUUGAAAAGUGCUUUGCAUUUCGCGAUCGAGGCAAAUAGUUUGGAAACGUUGCAAGUUUUUGUGGAUUUUUGGAAGGAAGAUGUGCCGCAAGAGAAGCCAGAUUUCAAUUUGAAAAACACUUCGGGCGAUUCUCCGUUAAAUCUCGCACUUGCCUUGGGUUACAACGAUCUCGUGCCGCUGCUGAUUCAAGGAGGGGCUGAUGUCAAUGCCCGAAAUGGACAAGAUAUGACACUUUUACAUCAAGCGAUUGUGCGAGAAGAUUCCGAUACGGCAAUUUUCUUGUUGGGACAGGGGGCGGACAUGAAUGCCUUGACUGCGGAGCAAGAAUCUCCGUUGCAACUUGCGAUUCAUUGUCGUCUGCCGAAUGUCGUGGAUGCGUUAUGUAGUCGUGGUGUCGCCCUAAAUGCCCCCAACGACAAAGGAGAUUGUCCGUUGUGGAGUGCCUUGGAGUCCGGACAAGAUGAGAUUGCGGCGGUGUUGGUGAAACAUGGUGUCGAUACGGAUUGUUGGGGUCCCGGACCCGAAGGAUGCAUGCAAACGCUUCUGCAUCGUGCGAUAGACGAAAAUAACGAGCAGGCAGCAGUAUUUCUCAUCAGAAACGGAUGUGAUUUGGAUUCGCCAAGACAACCGGGAGCCGAUGGAGCUGGCGGUGAUGAAGCCAAAGACAAAAUGUCACCGUUGCAUUUGUGUUGCGAAUGGGGAUUAACGAGAGUUUUGCAAGCACUCAUCGAUCACGGUGCAAAUGUGAAUGCAGUUGACUCGACAAACCGCACGCCACUCCAUAUCGCCAUCGGGAAUCAACACGAAGAGAUUAUCAGCAUUUUAUUGUAUCAUCCAGGCAUCGAUUUGCGGAUUCGGGACAAGCAAGGCAACACUCCGUUCGCUGCAGCACUCCUCAUUCGCAAUCACAAGGCAGCGCAAAGUAUUUUGGAACUCAUGCCGAACGCAGCGGAGCAAAUGGACACUCGCGGCAGGAAUUUCCUCCAUAUCGCCAUCAUGAAAGACGACUUGGAGUCCGUUCUCUUCCUCUUGUCCAUCCAAGUGGAUGUCAAUUCGCGCGUUCAUGACGUCAAUCAAACGCCUCCCUUGCAUUUAGCGGCUGCCAGUGAGAACGAAAUGCUCGUGCGGAAUCUCAUUCUAGCUGGAGCGCGUCUCAACGAUCGCGAUGCCACACAAAAAACGGCUUUGCAUGUCGCUGCAGAGAAAGGAAGACUCGCGGCGGUGUCAGCUCUCAUCCAGAAUGGCGCCGAUUUCGAUAGCGUUGAUGCGGAUGGCAAUAAUGCACUUCAUAUCGCCGUACGGGAAGGUCACGUGGGCAUUGUGAGGGAAUUGUUAACGGAAUCUGGCAUAAAUGCGGAAAGUUUAAAUCUCAAGGGACGAAAUCCGUUGCACGAGUUGUGUCGAUGUGGCAGAGAUCAGAGUGCAGCAGCAAUUUGCGAGUUGUUUUUCGAGUCGAUGCCCAAUUAUCCGAUCAAUGCGACAGAUUUGCAGGGAAAUACGCCACUUUUGUUGGCUUACAUGCGGGGACAAGCGCCGUUGUGUAAAGUUCUUGUGAAAAAUGGCGCAUGUUUGGGUGCUGAGAAUAAAGAUGGAAUCACGAUUUUCAACUUUCAGCUGGCAACCAAUCAACUUUUACAUAAAUUGCUGGAUCAAUUGCAAGCAGAGAGUCCAUGGGCCACGAGCGAGUUGUGUCAGGAAUGUGGAUCCAAGUUUACGAUCACCAUGAGAAAACAUCACUGCCGUCAUUGUGGACGAAUCCUUUGCAGUAAAUGCUCAUCGAAUGAAGUGCCGAUCAUCAAAUUUGGCAUCAACAAGCCCGUUCGUGUCUGCACCGUUUGUUUCGAGGUCUUGCAAGUGGGCGCCGACUAAAAAUCGUCCAAAAAGUUUAUUAUUAUUCCAUUUACAAAAGAAAAUGUUAACAAUUCAUUAGUUUAUUUUAUGUUAUAACCCAAACUAAGCUUUUAAAAGUGUUUGACCAGUGACACUUUACGACAAUUGGCAAUUAUUUAACUUUAAAAAAAUUCUCUAGAAAUAUUUACGAACAAAAUUGUAAGUUUAUCAUAUUAUAUGAAGAAAAUUUGUAAUAAAAUUUACGAAUAAAUUUGAUAUUA